GGCAAUAACAACACGAUGUACCACAACGGGCUGCUCGAGAAGCAGGACUAUCACUUCCCGAAGCGCCCCCCGGUGGACCUCGUGUUCCGCGACAUUCGCUACGACGUAAAGCGCUUCAACAUAUCCAAAGCGAAGUUCGAAACGAAAGAAAUUCUUCACGGACUUAAUGGAUCGUUUAAAUCGGGUGAGCUGACAGCAAUUAUGGGCCCGUCGGGAGCUGGCAAAAGUACGCUGCUAAACAUCAUGGCAGGUUAUGUGUCUGCGGGUGUGGGCGGUAUAGUGCAGGUGAACGGGAAAAGCCGAUCGCACAACUCGGAAAGCUUCCGGAAGCUGUCCUGCUACAUCCAGCAGCACGAUGCACUACGACCCUGGUUAACAGUGACGGAGGCGAUGACCUGUGCCACCCAUCUGAAGCUCGGCUUUGGCAUCGGAAUGGACGAGAAGCGCAAGCUGAUCGAGAAAAUUCUCUUCAUGCUCGGGUUGGAGCAGAAGGGCAACACACCGACAAUGGGGCUGUCCGGCGGGCAAAAGAAACGGCUAGCGAUCGCGCUGGAGAUGAUCAGCAAUCCGCCGAUACUGUUUCUGGACGAGCCGACGACGGGACUGGACAGCUCGUCCUGUACGCAGUGCAUCUCGCUGCUGAAGCGGCUCGCACAGGAUGGGCGAACGAUCGUCUGCACGAUCCACACGCCCAGUGCGCUGCUGUUCGAGAUGUUUGAUCAGCUGUACACGGUGGUCCAGGGGCACUGCUUCUACCAAGGACCGACGAAAGAGAUGCUACCGUUUCUCGGCGAUCUUGGCUACCACUGUCCCAGCUACCACAACCCGGCCGAUUUUAUGAUGGAGAUUGCGGUCGGCGAGUAUGGGGCCGAUGUCGGCAAGGUGAUCAAGGCUGCUCUGAAGAAAUAUUACGAAAUCAGCAGUCGCUGCAUCGAACUGGAUUCGACGUACGGCGAUAACGACGUAAAAAUGAUGGAAACCUUUACGAUCGGUGGCAAAGCGGAAGAGCUGUGCAAGUUGCAGAAGCAGAGCGAAGCAAUGGAUAAUUCAUCGUACGAAGAGGAGGACAUCUUUUCGAAAACGAAACCCGCCUCGCUGGUGAUGCAGUUCCUGUUGCUCUUCUACCGGAAUUUGCUGAUGACAAGAAGGAAUUAUUUCCUUUUAUUCUGCCGAAUCUUCGCCCAUGCCACGGUGGCAACACUGUUCGGCUAUAUUUACAUCGGCGUUGGACCCAAUGCGAACCAGGUGCUGGCGAACUAUGUGUACCUUUACGGAUCCAUGCUGAUGUUGGUGUAUACCGGCAAGAUGGCCGUUGUGCUUUCGUUUCAAAUCGAGAUGGAAUCACUGACGAGAGAGCACUUCAAUCGCUGGUACAAGCUGGGUCCUUACUUCCUGUCCGUGUUGCUGCUUGAAAUCCCGGUCCAGAUCUUUUGCUCCCUGAUCUACGUCGUGAUCAGCUUCCAUUUGACGGGCAACUAUGUGAACUUCGAGCGCUUCUGCAUAUUCGCGCUGUUCUGCGUGGUCGGUUCGAUCUGUGCGCAGUCGUGGGGUUUCUUCGUUGGUGCAACACUGUCCGUGAAGCUUGCCGUGUUCAUCGGACCAAUCUUGGCGGUGCUGUUCUCCGUGUUUGGGUUCUGUGGGCGGUACGCCGACAUAACGCCACUGUUCAAAUGGAUGUGGCACAUCAGCUACUAUCGGGCGAGCUUCCACGGUUUGCUGAACUCGGUGUACGGCAUGAACCGGGAAGAUCUGCACUGUCCGGAAACGCAGAUCUACUGUCACUUUAAGAACCCCGUCCUGUUUCAGAAGGACAUGGACAUCGAGCAUGUGGAUAUGCAGUCGAACUUUGUGCUGAUAAUGCUGAUCAUUAUUACGAUGUACAUUAGCACCGUGUUUGUGCUGUGCACCCCGGAGGAUGCCGUUGGUGCGUCCUCCACCGGUGUCGGUAGUCGCCGGAUCGGUGCAGUGAAGCUGGAACCGCUGCAUAUACCAGCGGUUCCUGCCGUGGAACAGGAGAUUGCCGCACCGUCGCUGAUUGCGGCACGGCUCUUCAAACCGGUCACCGUCAGCUUCAAGAACCUGUCGUACUCGGUACGCAAUGGAAUAUUUCGCAAAGGUCGGGACAUACUGAAAGAUAUCAGCGGUGAGUUCCGGGCCGGGGAGCUAACCGCCAUCAUGGGACCGUCCGGUGCGGGCAAAAGCACCCUGCUGGAUAUUUUGGCGGGCUUUACUGAGGGUGGUUUCACCGGUGACAUUCUUGUCAACAAGCAGGUGCGAGAUUUGAAACGGUUUCGACGGCUUUCCGCCUACAUCAUGCAGGACCAUGAUCUGCAGCCACAUUUGACCGUGCUGGAGGCGAUGCACUUUUCCGCCAAUCUCAAAAUCGGUGCGGAACUCAGCCCAGCCAGCAAGAAGAUUCGCAUGAAUGAAAUUCUCCGUGCCAUCGGGCUGUACGACGCGAAGAAAACGCGCACGGGAAAGUUGUCCGGAGGUCAGAAAAAGCGUCUGGCCAUUGCGCUGGAAAUUGUGAACAAUCCGCCGGUAAUGUUUUUCGACGAGCCGACGAGCGGCUUGGACAGCUCCACCUCGACACAGUGCGUGGCACUGUUGAAGCAGCUGGCCCGCGAAGGCCGCACGAUCAUCUGCACGAUCCAUCAACCGUCCGCGUUGCUGUUCAACAUGUUCGACCAUCUGUACGCGGUCGCAGAAGGGGAAUGCAUCUACACCGGCGGCACUGGUAACAUUGUGUCGUUCCUGAAAGAGCUCGACAUCGUCUGCCCGGAACAUUACAAUCCCUCCGAUUACUUGUUGGAGAUAGCAACGCACGACUAUGGUCGACUGAACGAUAAUCUAGUCGAAAAGAUGAUGAACGGUCAGAGCAACUUCUACCGCAAUCCGGAACCAUUUUCCCCAUCGUUCGAGAGCAAACUGAUGCCGAUCAAGGAAUCGUCACCGGAUGGACCGAUGGUGCUGCUGGAGAUGCCACUGUUUCCCGAGCACGAUAGCAACCAGCGGCCAGUAUCGCCCGUGCUAGCCAAACCAAAGAAACUCGCCAAGAAGCUUUCAUUCAACCCGGAACGUUGGUGCGGACGGGACGAGAUAUACACGACCAGCUUUUGCAGGCAAUUUUCGUUACUGCUGCUGCGCACCUUUCUCAUACUGAGCCGGGAUCGGUCGCUCAUGACGAUGCGGUUCGCCAUCCACUGUCUCAUAGCGCCGCUGAUCGGUAUGCUGUACUUUGGCAUUGGCAAUCAGGCCGCACAGAUCUUCAACAACUACAACUACGUGUUCUUCUCGAUCAUGUUUCUGAUGUUUACUGCAUUCAGCUCGAUGACUAUGGCCUUUCCACUCGAGUUGCCGAUCAUCACACGGGAACAUUUCAACCGCUGGUACUCGUUGCGGGCUUACUACAUCGCCAUGACGGUGGCUGACAUUCCAAUCCAGCUGCUCUGUACCGUCACGUACAUACUCAUCACGUACUACAUGACUGGACAACCACCGGAAGCCUUCCGGGUGGGGCUGUUUACGUUGAUCUGUCUGAUGGUGGCUUGGGUAGCGCAAGGACUCGGUCUGCUGGUCGCAUCACUAUUCGACGUGAAGAAUGGUGCAAUAUUUGGACCCUUCUUCAUCUGUCCGUUCCUGAUAUUCUCCGGGUUCUUCAUUCACCUGACGGAUGCGCACCCGGUAAUGCACUGGUUGUUUCACAUCUCGUUCCUUAAGUACGCCCUGCAGGGCGCAGCCAUGGCCAUCUUCGGUUACGACCGGGACCGCAUGGACUGUGACGAGACGUACUGUCACUUCGUGUUGCCAAAGAAGUUCCUGAAGGAGGUCGACAUGCUCGACGCGGACUUUGUCGAGGCUGUGAUAGCGCUUAGCGUGAUAUUUUUCGUCUUUAGGGUAGCGGCGUUCUACGUGAUGCAGUACCGGAUGAAGAACAAAAUCUAA